CAGCGACGGUACUCCUCGAUGGCAAAGACUAGAUUAUGAGUGUUCAAGGAAACUGCGACGGGAUUUAAUGCCUGUACAAAACAAAAAUGUAUUUAGUUCUACUAUAAAUAAUGGUGACAACCGUUUGCAGCGCAAAUCAAUUCAUAGAAUCUUGUCUUUCGAAUCUGCUAUAAAUCAAAUUGGUGAAUCGGAGUUAGUAGUGACUGAUUUUGACGAUACUAUAUGCAACUCAACUAAUAUAAACGAUAGGACUCCUCGACGACAGAGAGUAGAGAAUGAGUGUUCAAUGAAGCUACGACGGAAUUUAAUGACGGUACAAAAUCGUAACAUCUUUAGUUCUACUGUGAAUAAUGGGUAUUCUCCUAAGGCUGUGCCUGAAAGCAAUACAAAUCCUGCCCCAUUGUUUGACAGCAACAAAGAGAACUCGACAGCUAAUAAUCAACGCAUUCGGAAAAGAAAAUUCAAAAUUGGUAAUACUUUGUCUGCCUGGUCGCCUUUCUGGGAUAGAAAUAACACUUCAAGCCGACUAAGCAGGAGACAUUAUGUCACCGAUUUUUUGGAUUCAAUGGAGCAAUAAGAAUGUGUGUUAGUUAAGUGGACAAUUUAUUUUUUUAGUUUUAUUUUCAUUGUUUUGUAAUAGUUUUAUGGGUCUAUUACGAAUGGCAACCGAACUAAAGUUGCGUUGUCAGCUUCUUAAAUGGUAUUGCAAUUUAUUUUCUGAAAUUGUUGUUUGCCCUCUGACAACGCAACUGAAGUUCGGUUGCCAUCCAUAAUCGACACAUGAAGUUAAAAUGUGUUUGUGACUUCUAUUAUUAAUGUCUUUGUUUAUUCUUCACAAUGUAAUUACAGACAAAUUCCGGUAUAACGAACGAUAUGUUGUCAGGCCCAUUCGUUAAAUUGUAAAAUUCGUUAUAUCGAGAUGUUUUUUUUUUAAUUUUGGACAACUUUUUUUUUUUUUUGGAAUUUAACUAAACUUAUGUCGUUUUGAUCCUUAGGUUGGAUGAGCGGUAUGACAUUAGGAGGCAUUAAUAUCGUCCAACCCUAACUUCAUGUUGAUGUGAAGGAAUCAGUUUUCUUUCGCUUAGAAUGCGAACGAAAUCUUUCAUUCGAUAUUGUGAAAACAAGCAAUUAAAAUCACUAUAGAAAAAAUGACAGCAGCUACUAUUAAAGAUACUGUAACGACUUAUUUUUACAUUCUUUACUACUUUUGUUUCUUAUACUUUCUGUUCGUUAUAUUGAGCGUACCAUUUUCGAAAUAUUCGCUAUAUAAGCUUGUCAAUGUUAAAAAUUUGGUCGUUUGUUUUUUUUCAUCAUUCGUUAUAUCGAGCAUAUAAUUUUUGAAACGUUCGUUAUAUAAGGUGGCCAAUGUUACGAAUUUGACCGUGCGUUAAAUCGGAUUUUCGUUAAAGUGAGAUUCGUUAUACCGGGAUUUGCAUGUAUUUAAAAAAAAAAAAAUCAAUAAAGUGUA